AUGGCUUUCCUUCUGGACAGUUCGGAGAGUGCAAAGAACUUCAAUCACGAACAACAGAAGAAGUUUAUCUUGGAGAUAGUGGACAGGAUGAAAGGGCUGCAGCUCAGCUCUGGACGUUCCCUCAGCUGGAGGACGGCCUUGCUGCAGUACAGCAGCACUGUCCUCAUUGAGCAAACUUUCAGAGAUUGGAAGGGCCCAGAUGCCUUUAAAUCCCGCAUCGCCCCCAUCACCUACAUCGGCCACGGCACCUACACCACUUACGCCAUCACCAACCUCACGCAGCUCUACAUGACCGAGGGGACUCACGGUAGCGUGAAAGUAGCUGUGCUCUUGACGGACGGAGUGGACCACCCGAGAAACCCAGAUAUUUUCUCAGCCACUGCCGAUGCUAAACACCAAGGCAUCGUGUUCUUCACAGUGGGGAUGACCAGAGUGGCCGAGGAGGUGGCCAAUGCCGCCAAGCUUCGGCUCCUGGCCAGUGUCCCGGCAUCCAGGUUUGUCUUCAAUCUGCAAGAGAAAGGAGUUGUGGAGAGAAUUCUCAAAGAAAUGGUAGGGACAAAGAUUUCAGUGGGGCCUAUAUAAAGCGUAUAUUAUACUUAACAGAACAUAAGUGUACUCUGCACUUCUAGUAUUAUAAUAAUGGUGUCGUCUCUAUCCCUGCUCUUCGCCCCAGGAGUCCUUGUUCUCAAAGAGACCCCUGGUGGGGAACGUACUCAAAGAGUUCUGUUACCCGCCUUUCAUCACAGGACUCUGCUGUGUUUUGCUUUAUAUGCAGUGUUUUCUUGCCUGCCUUCCCUUACAUAAUUCUUCUCCUGACACCUCCUGUACAGUGUCCACUUCUGCCUGUUCUUCUUCCUCUAGUCCCUCCUCAUUGCCUUCACCUAGACAACAUAAAUUUCUUUUGCAGUUUGUCUCUUUUCCUUCUACCUACUCGUAAAUCUCUCUUCUGUGUUUUUCCUCUGUUUCUCCCAUACCCCUCCUCCCUGCUGUGACCCCUAGAUGCUGCCCUUUUAUCUCUUGAAGGAUGCCAACCACCACUUCCAGCUCCCAUUCCUCAACUGUGUGUGUCACCUCAACUGCAGCAUUUCUCAAGCUCAAGCAGGGAGUGACAGCAUCUGUCUCAGUCCUUUCACAAAUGAGUUGUACCUAAAAACUGACAUGAGCAGAAGGCCACAACCUUCACACAACAUGGUUUUCCUCUCCCCUCCUUCCCAUGUGGACGAGAAUGACCGAAGAAGGCCAUAGCUUCAACAUUAUCUCAGCUGUGGUAGUUUAUUAAACACACACACACACUACUAGGUUUUUUGUUGUUGCUACACAACUUGGUUUCACUUUUAUUCACAAGGCCACAUAAUCAAUUCUGAACUUUUAAGGUUUGUCAAUUCAAUAUUAAUGGGUGCUGACUAGGACUGGGCCCUAGACAUUUUGCUGCCUGAAGAAAGUGACAAAAGGGAGUAUGUACCCCUUUGCAUUUCAUAUGCGGAAGGUGACUGGAUUGGACACUGACCAUAAGAAAACAUCCUCCUGGGGGCAGCAGGCUAGUUUAGGGGGUAGAAGCAAUAUUUCUAUCAUGACAUUCAUUCAGUCAUUCAUUUUAUAUAUUUAAUAUCAUUGCUUCUAAGUAUGGUAAGCCCACAACGUACAUAAGGGUAACGUUUCAAGGAUCGUGCAUGUCACUUUCGAUCCUUCAUUUGCAUACAAACUAUCCAAUCACUGAACGUCACUUUCGAUCCUUCAUUUGCAUAACUAUCUACAGUAUCCCCCUGCUGGCCCAGGGUGAGAACUUCAGUACAUAACAGUGCCUAAAGCCAAUAUUGUGUCUAGUCAAAACUUAAUGGGUUCAAUGGCGGGUGGGAUUGCCAAAGCCAUUUCCCCCAGAUCUUUCUCUCUCUCUAUCUAUCUAUCUGUCUGCCAUGCCUGUAAAACUCAAUGCGCACAAGUUAACUGCGCGUAAGUUACGGGCUUCCUGUAGGUUACAAAGUACAAAACCAGUUACUCAAACAUUUACAUGUAAACAUUCCUAAUCAAUAUUCACAAUAAAAGAAUCCCAUCAAAAUUAAUUGGUUUGCAGCAUAGGAUGCUCCAAUUUGGAGUAAGCAUCCUUCUCCCCAGUGCUUGAACUCUGGGGACACAUUCCCUACAUGAUGAUAGGCUUUUAUACAGUGAUAUUUAACACUGCAUUCCUAAUUUGUGGGUUUUAAUUGAAUCCCUAGGGAGCACAUAUCUAUGCCUUGAACAACCAGAAAUACUACUCUGCUUCUUCCUAUGAUUUGUUGUGUUUGUGUACAAGAAAUAGGCAUAUGCUGGCCCUAUGUCAGCACCUUCCCAGCCAGCAAAGUCUCUUUUUUCAUUUUUCUCACAGUGUGCCUUGUUACUUAUAAAAUAAUUAAUUCUGUUUGCACUUAUUUGUCUCCCCAGAAAGAACUGGCAGAAGAAGGGGUAAGUCUUAACUGUGAACUGGGGACGAUGGAUUACAUCUACAGCAUUUUAAAUUAAGAGUGGUGGUGAAACAACAAACUAUCUUGCCAAAACUAUGUUCAUUAUUACCAUUUCAGUAAACUAAAACAAAUAGAAAAAGAAGAAUAAGUCUUGCUAAAUGAUGAGCACUAAAAAGUGAAAUAGGAAAAUGUAAAUUUGUUUGGUCUUUGAUGCAUCUUGCAGUUUCCGGUUCCAGCAAUAGUCUGAAUAUAUCUAUAACCUAAUGCUAACUCCCAAGGGUAUCACAUAAGAAACUAAGAAGAGCCUUCCUCCAACAUGCCAGAGGCCAUUUUAGUUUUUUUGGUCCAGUAUUGUCUUCUCAGGACGCGGGUGGCGCUAUGGGUUAAACCACAGAGCUUAGGACUUGCCGAUCAGAAGGUCUGCGGUUCAAAUCCCCGCGAUGGAGUGAGCUCCCGUUGCUCGGUCCCUGCUCCUGCCAACCUAGCAGUUUGAAAGCACGUCAAAGGUGCAAGCAGAUAAAUAGGUACCGCUCCAACGGGAAGGUAAAUGGCGUUUCCGUGCGCUGCUCUGCUUCACCAGAAGCAGCUUAGUCAUGCUGGCCACAUGACCUGGAAGCUGUACGCCGGCUCCCUCGGCCAAUAAAGCAAGAUGAGUGCCGCAACCCCAGAGUCAGCCACGAUUGGACCUAAUGGUCAGGGGUCCCUUUACCUUUAUUUAUUACCUUUAUUGUCUUCUCACAGUGGAUAACCAGAUGCCUAUGAAAAACGCACAAGCUGGACACAAUCACAAUUAUAAUGUCCUGAUUGUGGUGCCAAGAAAUUGGCUUUCCGAACCAUGCUGCCUCUGAUCCUUAACAUAAUACAGUCCUCAUGACCAGUAGACAUGGAUAGUCUUGAAAGAGGGGUUUCUCUCAUCCCUUUUUUAAAAAGCCAAGUUGGUGGCAGUCACAACAUCUUGUGGUAGCAAAGACCAAAGUUUAACUCUGCUGUAUAUGAAAAAGAACUGAAUCACAGUUGUUAGAGUACUUCUACACCACACAGACAUUUGAGAUUCCAUCCAGUUCACCCAGGACUACUAGAAAAAUCUGAAAUGGAGAUAUUUGUAAAUUUAUCACUUCAAUAGGGAACACAAAAUUCAGCACCAGCCAGAAAGCUGAAACAUGAACAAGAAGUAUGGAUUCAAUAAUGAAAUGAGAAAUGUAAGUUUUGACUGUGUUGUGGGGAAACUGUGAAAAUAUUGAUUAGAAAACUGUACCAUAAAACAGCAUCCUUUUCAGUACUGUAAAGCAAUAGGAUGCUUUCAAGAUUAGAUCUUUCCUACUUGUGGUUAAAUAAAUAAAUUAUAGGAAAAUAUAAGAGCUGUAGAGCUUUCUGCCUAGGUGGGAACUGAUGAUUAAUUUGUAUGGUUAUUUCUAUUUGAAGUGUCCCCAGCCUCCUAUAUGUAACUGUGAAAAAGGAGAAAGGGGUCUUCCUGGCCCUGCUGUAAGUAUCUUUUCCCCCCAUUUACUUUCUUCUUAUUUUAUUUAUCUUAUUAAAAAAUUAUACACUACUUGAUUGUAAACAAUCCCAGAGUAGUUUACAAAAACCGCUUAUUUUUUCAUUGCAAAAUUAAAAAAUAAAUCUUUUUGGUGGCAUUAUUUUAUUAAUUACCAGUAUUAUCUAUUUCAUUAAAUACAUAUUCAGAGACAACAGUUGAGUGAUCCAGAGAGAAUAAGAUGUUCAUUCAUAAAUGAUAGGGUCCUUGAUUGUGUGGAGAGCCUUCACAUUCAGCUGUACAGAUGAGGGCUACCUACAUAACAGCUAUAAUGUAAUGCUAAGCCAAAUCAUAGUUUAGUGUGAAUGUGAAAAUGUAAGGGUUUUUCAUGAAGAGAUUGCAGCUGGAAAGGGAAAAUCAGCAUUAUAUGAUGGGGGGGGGGGAAUAUAAGCUGGCAUGUUGAUGCCAAUGAUGUGUGAACGUUACUGAAACCCUGCGUGCAUGAGAAUCACCAGUCUCACAAUAAACACCUGUCUGGAAGGGACUGCUUCAUGGUCUGACAAAAGACAGAAGAACCACAUGAAAAAUAUAGCAUGGCAAUGAUUGGAUGAUGGUGCCAUGAAGAUGCCCUACAAAAAGCAACUGAGCAAAGCAUGGCAAUUUCACACUAAAUGCCAAGUGUGGAAGCACCUUUAGAAUCAAAUCAUGGUGUGUCCCCCCCACAAAGAGUCUAAGAGCACUUCCAGCCCUUAGACUCUUUGGGAUGGGGUUCAAUCUCAUGUUGUGUGGUUGUAAGUGGCUUGGGAGGUCUUGUGCAACAAACUUGCUUCCCCAAAAGAUUGGAUAUAUUUAUUUAUUAAUCUGCAACAAGUACAGUGGUACCUCGGGUACUUAAUUCGUUCUGGAGGUCCGUUCUUAACCUGAAACUGUUCUUAACCUGAAGCACCACUUUAGCUAAUGGGGCCUCCUGCUGCACCGGAGCACGAUUUCUGUUCUCAUCCUGAAGCAAAGUUCUUAACCCGAGGUACUAUUUCUGGGUUAGCGGAGUCUGUAACCUGAAGCAUAUGUAACCUGAAGAGUAUGUAACCCAAGGUACCACUGUAGUGGGAAAAUGCACUGGAAAGUGUAGGGUUUUGUUAUGUAUUUUUGUGCUUUUAUACUGUAAACCACCCUGUGAUCCUCAGAUGAAGGGUGGUAUAUGAAUGUAAUUAACAACAACAACAACAACAACAACAACACUUGCUUUAGCAUAACAUCAUCUAAUUGCACAGGGUGAAUGCUUAAUAAAAAAAGGGCACCUGGAAACACCCUAAUAGAAAACAUAUGUUCAUGAAAACAUUAUUAUCUACCAAUGAGCUGUUUAAAAGCUGAGAAUGACCCGGGAAAAUGCAUUCUGACCAAUGUACCUCUUGCACUGAUUGGAGCAUGACUUGCUUUUAAGCUUCAGGUGUGAGAGGGAAAUCUUUAGAACUUUACUUAUUUCCUACACUCAUAGAAUCAUUUUCUUAAUAGUAAGAAUAUAAACCAAGGGGUCUCUCCCCUUUCUUUGCAUGUUUAAAAAUGCAAGGCUUUUCAUUUAACUCCCCUCUGUUACUUUUCUGCUUCCAGGGUAAAAAGGGUCGUCCUGGUGAUGAUGGAGCCCCUGGUCCAAAGGGCGUGAAGGUAACGUGACAUUUGAUUUAAUUGAAAUGCUCAUUGAUUAACAUUAGUAAUUUAAGACAAGAGGAUGUUGAAAUAAAAGCAUUCUCAGUCGCCACAUGGCAGUUUACAACUGAGGGGGUAUAAAUCAUUCUAAAUCAGUGGUACCCAACAUUUUAUUUUUGGGGGACCAUGCCCCACUUAAGCAUCUCUAAAACCCUGAUGCACCCCGCCCCCCGUGACAUAUAAUUCUUAUUAUUCAAAAAGUGAACUCCUAUUCAUGUGGAGGAAGCCUAAAAGGCCAUUAACUGUUGUUAACUCAUUCUCAAAUUGCCUCUUUUAAAAAUCAAAUUGCCCCCCUGUGGGGGGGGGGGUUGCCCCAUGUUGGGAACCACGGUUCUAAAACAUUCACAUUUCUGAAUAUGAAUUAUGUUUAGCAUUGAAGAUGGAGCUAGUUUGAACAGCAGGGUACAUUUUUCCUAUCUGUUUUCAGCAAUAUGUAAUGUAAUCUUAACUUAAACUGACAACAUUUUCACUGACUACAGAACGUUAAGCAAAGUAAUAACCCAACACCCUGAUGCUUCUAGGGGGAGCCAGGCUUAAAUGGAAUUCCAGGAAGAGAUGGAACAGAGGUAAAAAAUGUGUGUGUGUGUGUGUGUGUGUGUAUUCUAUUAUGUAUUUAUUUACUUUGAGGGAAACUCUGUUAUUUAAAAACACAUCUGCCCCAUAUAUAUCACUGCUCCUUUUUGAUCUCAUUUUUACUUUUUGGGUAUGCCUUCUUAAAAUGCAAGAGAAUAUAAAGAAGGGUGUGAAGAAAAUAACUUGUAAGCAGCAAUUUCAAAGGGCAAUAAAAUGCAUAAAAAAGGCUCCUCAUUCUACUCAUGGUUAUGUAAGAUCCACUUUGAACAAUAACUUAGCAACAUGUGAGCCAUUGCUACUCCCAAGUCCUAAGGUCUCACAUAAAACCUCUGUCAUGUGAUUCAGGUUGCUCGUGUGCUUCCAAAUCAUGUCAGCAAUAUUUCUGCUGUAUUUCCAGAACUGGAAUGACACGGGAAAUGGCUGGCUUUUGGCACUCGCAGUGAUACCCAAUGGCAUUUGCAGAACCAGCUUUUUACAUAUUUUCAUACUCACUCUACACACAAGAGCUCAUUGGUCUGUUUUUGGAGUGUUUUUCAUCACACAGAUCUAGUGAUGGAAAGCAGCACCCGUUCUGAAAUUGGCAGAGCAACUCCUGAAACUUUUCUAGGGUUUGGUUUCUAACGAAACAGAGGGAGAGGGCAGUGCCUCCCCACCCCAAAGGCAAAGAGACCCUAAUCACCAAAUGCAAGCAAAGCAGGCUGGAUGGAGCCAGCCAAUAAAUUUGUCAUUUCUGUUACUUAUUCUAAAACUCUGGAUUAAUAAGUAAGAUUUAUUUUCCUAAUACUUGCCGUAAAUUUUGCUGCUGCUGCUGAUAUAUGCAUAUAUACCACACCUUUUCCCUUGACAGGGAUUCAACGCGGCUUACAGAUAAAAUAGGAGCAGCUAAAAACAUAGCCGGGGGCGGGGGGAGCAGGAACCAGAAUUAGUGAUUACUGUUUAGUGUCAGUAGUAAUUUAAUCAAUAUGCAUUCUGCUCUUCUUCUUUUUCCCAUCAGGGAAAGUCUGGAUACAAAGGAGAAAAGGUACGGAUUUUUCGCCUUCUUGAAUCAACUAGGUGCUUCAUGCUAAAGACCAAUACAGCCAUAUUGAUUUGAGGACAAAGAAUUUAGCAUCUGAAAUAGAAUGGGAAUGGGUGGGGGAUAAAGCACUGGCAAGGAAGGACAUUACACAUUUUUCAAAAGUUCUGAGAUAACAUUAAUGAUUGAUUGCGCUUUUCUCAAUCUAAGGGUGAAAGAGGCGAAUGUGGAACACCAGGAAUAAAAGGCGACAGAGUAAGUAACUAUCUGAUGGUCAACUACAUCAGAUUGUUAUGUAAGGACUUGUAUAAUCAGAAACGGUACCGCUCAUAGAACUCCUAGGCCCAGUGCUGCAUUAGUAGUGUGAGCAAUGUGUAAACAAUAAAGGUAAAGGUAAAGGGGACCCCUGACCAUUAGGUCCAGUCGUGGCCGACUCUGGGGUUGCGGCGCUCAUCUCGCUUUAUUGGCUGAGGGAACCGGUGUACAGCUUCCAGGUCAUGUGGCCAGCAUGAUUAAGCCGCUUCUGGCGAACCAGAGCAGCACACGGAAACGCCGUUUACCUUCCUGCCAGAGCGGUACCUAUUUAUCUACUUGCACUUUGACGCGCUUUCAAACUGCUAGGUUGGCAGGGACCGAGCAACGGGAGCUCACCCCAUCGCGGGGAUUCGAACUGCCAACCUUCUGAUUGGCAAGUCCUAGGCUCUGUGGUUUAACCCACAGCGCCACCCACAUCCCUUUGUGUAAACAAUACCAUUAUAAUAAUUAUUAUUAGCCCUUAUAGCCCACCUUUCCUCCAAGGAACUCAAGGUAGCAUACUUGGUUAACCCUUUCCUCAUUUAAUCCCCACAACAACUCUUUGAGGUAGGUUAAGCUGAGAGGCAGGGACUGGCCCAAGGUCACCCGGUGAGCUUCAUGUCUGAGUGGGGAUUUGAACCCUGGUCUUCCAGGUCCAUGUCUAACAUUCUAACCACUAUACCACACUGGGUGUCAUGGGUAGGGGCGGGGAGAAAGAGAGACUUACUGGAGAGGAAAUAGUCCUGAAAUGCUAGGUACAUAUUUGCAGAGAGCAUGAUCAUACAAACUGGAUUUUUAAAUAUCUAGUUUGACAUUAGCCUUUCUGCCCACGUUUCAAUUAUCCUUCCCACAUUUGAAUCAUUUUGUUUUUCCCUUGCUGGCGAUUCACUGUAUGAUUUGUAAUAUUUUGCACUGUAUAUGGGCUCACAUAUAAUUUCUCCUCUUAUCACUCAGGGUCCAGAAGGCCCAGGUGGACCAAGAGGCCUCCGAGGUCUUCAGGUAAAUGAACAGAGAGUGGAAGUGCUUUGCUUCAAGACUGUGCUAGCUGCCGUCUUUCUGAAGCUAAAUUGUCCCUCCUCUGAAUUAUAUGUUGGCUGUCAGUCACUGAUGCCAACUCCCCAUCCCAUCACUCUUCGUGUCCCUGGAACUGUGGGCUAUCUAUAUCCAACUGAUCACUGCAUUCUGCAGGUGAGGACUUCCUGUAGAUACUUGUCAUCAAGAAGUCUGUUCUGUACAGUGUAGGAAUCAGACCUUUAGUGUGGUGGCACCUACCCUUUGAACUAUCUCCUGUAGUGUAUCAGACCGGUACCAUCUCUAGUAUUAUGUUUUUAAGGCGCCUAUUGAAAACCUUCCUUUUCCAACAAGGCUUUUAAGUGGAGAUUUUUCUGUCUCUCUGUGUGUUUGUAUUGGACUCGAAAUAAUGUUUUAAUUGUUGGUGUUCUCAUAGUUAAAUCACUUCAGGAUGUUUUAUGGGAUGUGCUUAAUAAAUGAAAUAAAUCAGUAACCCAUGGUUAACAAGCUGAUGAAUGACUGACCUUCUUCUGUUUCUUCCUGUAUUUAGAGAACUAGUCUCUGUAGUCCUCACAUACCUUUAACAAAGGGGGUGGGGAACACACAUGGGGGGGUUGUGUCACAGAGAAGGAAAAGCCUUUUCACAGCCAUUUUCUUUAACCAUUAGCCUAAUACGGUUAAGGUAGCAAUGCCCAAGUCAGGAUUCUACAGCAGGCUGAAAGACCUUUCUUGUGGGUUGCCAGUCUGCUAGUAAUGGGUUUUAUGAGCUAAAAGCACAACAGACUGAAAGAAACUUACAGAUCAGAGCUUCAAAUGGAAAAACAAAUGCAUAUGAUACAGGUUUUUGAAGGCCAUGAAACGAAAGGCAGUGUAAUCAUCUCCAAUGCAAAACAAAUCAGGAUAAACAGAUGGUAAGUGAAUGUAAUAGGCAAAUAUCACAAUUAUUUGAACACUGAAUAAACUGUUUUGUGUGGAUUGAAGUAAAACAGUCAUAUUCCUAUUUAACGAUGCACUCGGCCAAGGUCUUUUAAAAAAAUAAAUAAAAAAUGCCUUCCUGUUUAACAGGGUUCCCAAGGACUGCCUGGAGACCAAGGACCUGAAGGAAUGCAAGGAUCAAAGGCAAGACUCUUAACAUUAAUUUAAUUCUAAACGCUGUGAGAGAUUGCUGCUACCUUUGCAAUUUUGGGGCCCACUUUUGCUUUCACUCACGUUGGCCCGGUUCAUGCGCCAUAUGAAACUGGAAAACCAAAAACUGUUAAAAAGAAACAUGGUGCCCUGCAGAUGUUGUUGGACUCCAACUCCUCUCAGCCUCAGCCAUCAUGACAAAUGGUAUGGGAUGAUGGGAACCGUUGGCCAACAACCCAUGGAGGUUUCCACACUGGCUGCCCCUGUAAACCAUGGCUUGGAAACCCAUUGCCUUCCAGGUGUGGUUGGACUCCCAGUUCCCAUCAACCUCAGCCACCAUGGCCAAUGAUCAAGGAUGAUGGGAAUUGUAAUCUGGUAACAUCUGGAAAGGCCCACAGGCUCUUCAUCCCUGAGGAAAAUGUUGCUACUAUUCAGAUAUUUCCUCUGCUAUGAAUUCUAUCCAUCUUAGCUGUGCUGAAACUGACUUUUCCGGCUGUGUCUGCAAAACCACCAAAUGGAACAUCUAAGAAGCAAGAAUCAACUCCGUUGUCAUUCAACAGCGAGAUGUCAUAUGACAUUCCACAUCACAAAAAAAUCCCCUCCAAGGCACUUCAGCCCAUUCAGAGCUUUGUAUGGCUUUAAGCCGCAGGGAACCAUUAAAGUACAGCUCAUAAAUAACACCUUGUUGAGGCAUUUUAUGACACUUGAAUUUCUUCUCAAAAGCAAGAGAAAGCUAUUUUUUCUCCAGGCCAUCUCUCCAACAAUGGGACAGAACAUGAGUAUUAAUUAGUAAGAAAUAGAUCCACACACAACUGCUUUCUUCCACUUUGAGAUUAUUUUUUGUUACCAUGCUGUUCUGUAUUCCGUGAGGAAAACAGUCUUCAUAGCAAUUCAGCUUGCGUUUGGCUUUCAUGCUGGUUACCAUGCAUGUAGCAACCCAGAAGGUCACAUUAGACUCUUUCAAAAGUGCUUUUCUUGAGAAGAGCAUGGAGAGGGGGGUUGAUUGUAAAAUCCGCUUCAAGUUGGGCACAUGUGGUUGGGUCAGUUUCCAUGUGGGCAAUUUCCAAUUUUGCAUCUAUUACUUUCAUCCCCAAUUAAAUUUUAGUGUCAUAUUCUGACGUGGCCAGGGUUGGCAUGAGGGGGGCAUCAAUCCCCUGCCCCCGAGCUGGAUCACCACAAGGGCCCGGAUGCCCAGCUGUAACACUUCCCACCGCGGAAUAUUAGCAGUUCUACCCCAAAAAGCACUGCUGUGCAUUGAUGAAAUAGCACACAAAAAAUAUAUAUUGGUGCAAUCAUAUGCUCAGUCACAUCAAGACUGCUUUUCUUUUUCUUUUUCUGGCAGUGUAUCAGCGGGGCCAUGACAUUGUUCAAGGGGCAAAAGAUGCAAAGGAACUGAAAGCUGCAACAUAGUGGGCACGCUCUGAAUCCAGAAUAGAUUUUAGAAAUUAUCCUUGUUAAACUGGAAUUCACAAGCAGGGCAAGACAGGGCGGCGCAAACCAAUGUUCAAUGCAGGAGCACAACAGGGAAAAUCCACCCAUCUUUUCUACUUCUGCUAAUUCCUUAUAUGUUUGGAUGUGUUUCCUAGUCUUGUUUCAUUUAUUACUCCCACUCCAAGUAAUCUGCUAGUUUUAUCAUGGCAGAAGCAUUAUGAUACAUAUUGCGAAAGCAAUUCCCCCACAACUUACAAGCAUUUAACUUGCGCACAUUCAGCUUUACACGUGUGGCAAAAAAUUAAAAGGGGGUUGAGGUUCCAGGAAAAAUGGCUUUGGCAAUCCCAUUUAAGAUUGAACCCCAAUUGACCAUACAGAAUUUGGCUUUGGAACUUAACCCCAACAUAAAUUGUGGGCUUAUUGUACCUUAGUUUAAGGGCAGGAGGGAGGGAGGGAGGAGCAGGUUUUCUUCUCUCUGAAACCCUAUCAAAAAGUUGAAAUCAGUUCUUUUGUUUUGCAAUUUUCUAAAGGGCGAAAGAGGCCUGCCUGGCCCUGCUGGACUGACUGGAGAAACGGGAGUAGGGUUGCCUGGCCCCAAGGUAAAAAUGCCAAUCAUAUAGCCUACUGUGCAAAAGGACAGCUGCUGAAAUAAUAUAUGGCUGGAUUAAAAAAAAAACCAAAAACAACUUAAAACAAGGAUAAAUGAUGUCUUUGUAAUACCUGAAAGGUAUUCUGGAUGUAGUUCAAAUACAUUCAUACCAUUAAAAGGGGGGGAGGGAACGCACAGAAUGGUGUAACUCUUAGUAGUUUAUUGGUAAUAAAAUUUGACAUAUCUAGAGAGACAGAGGGGCAAAUGAAGUUAUUAUUACUGGUAUCAGAUUUGUUUUACUUCCCUCUAGUCUUCUUAAUAUCACUGUAUUAAAUCAAAGAAUGCUGCUUCAUUUCAGUGUCCACAAUUUUGUUCAAAUCCAAACAUAACGUAUCUUUUUCUGAAGGGUGACAUUGGUUUAACAGGAAGACCAGGCCCUGUUGGGCCACCUGGAGUUGGAGAACCAGGUUUACCGGUAUGUACUGUACGUGGGGAGAUCACACAGGGGGGAAAUCCCUUAGUAACAAAUAACUGCACCUUUAUAUGCAAAAAUCAGUGCACAUAAAAAGAAAGAGUGGCUCUGAUCCACUCAAGGUUUGGUUCCUGGUUCUUUACUUUUUUCAGCCUUUCUUAUUCAGCUUCUCUUACAAGUUCUUUUCAAAGUAGUUAUUGCUUUAAUAGAGAUGAUCUGCAACUCUGUGUUCCAGAUCUUUCACCUCGUUCUCUUUCCAAUUGCUUUCUUGUUUCUUCCGUGCUGUGUAAUCUCACCCCAUUUGUGUAUCUGGCUUGUGGACAUCCUUCUAUUAUCCCUCCAUGUCUUUCUUUGGCUCAGAUGGAACGGGAGUGUGAUUGUAGAAGAAUAAGAGAUACCUCUUGGUCUUUUCAUUCUUUUAUCUGAACAACUGCCAACUCUUGUUCUCGAUGUCUUUAAGCUGUGUUCUUUCCUUCCAUUUUCCAUUUGUGUUUUUGUCUUCCAUCUAUGGAAACUAUGACCACUGUGUUAAUUCUGUAAUGUCUCUUGACUAUGGUGAUGCCCUCUGUUGUGGCUUCCUGUCUCCCACCUUCUUCUUCUUCUUGACUUGUUUGUUCUCCUUUUCUAUAACAUGUUCAUUUUCAGCUCCCUUUUUUGGGGGGUGGGAUGUCUACAAAUGUUUACACUCUACUCAUCCAAUUUCAGAAGUAGCCAAUUUGUGGACCUCCAGAUACUGCUGGUCUCCAAGUCCCAUCACCCAUGAUUAUUGGCCACACUGUCUGAGGCUGAUGGGAGUUGGACUCUCAACAAUAUCCAGAGGUCACCACAUUGGCAACCUCCAAAUUUCUUGUUCAUAUUUAUACAUCCACUUACCUGCUUCAUUCUGAGAUAGUUUCUAACUUGUCGUAUUAAAUACAAACAUAACUUUAGAAGUGAGAAUGAAACAUGCUAAUUAGCAAAAGGAUCCUGGUAGUUCUUCAGUUAUACUGGCAGUGCCAACCGCCCAUUUUGUAUACCACUUGUGGGGUGGGGGGUGUUGUUUACAAUCAACACAGUAUAUACAUUUUAUGAAAUAAAUUUUAAACAUUCAUCUGCAGGGAAAUACUGAGUUUGUUUUAGGAAGGGGGUUCGUCUCAACUUAUGCAAAGCUAUAAUAUUUCCUACUAGAUCUGGCCUACACUCUGUGUGAGUUUCCAGCACCAUAGAACAUGUGUAUGUCAUCAGCAUCCUCUGCAAUGCAUCUAGAACAGGGUUUCCCGAACUUGGGUGUCCAUCUGUUUUGAGGCUAUAACUCCCAUCAUCCCUAGCUAGCAGGACCAGUGGUCAGGGAUGAUGGGAAUUGUAGUCCCAAGACAGCUGGAGACACAAGUUUGGGAAACCCUGCUCUAGGGGUUUUGUCAAACACACACACACAAUAUCCUCAGCAAACAAGACAAUAUGGAAAUAAUUCCCUAGAAUGUGUGCAAACUACUGCAUCUGUUUUAAAAGACUUGCUUAACUUUAAGCUUGAGUGAGCCCAUAAAGAAUCUAUUAUUAAAGUUGAUCUUAUACUUGACUGCAUUUUCAGGCUUUUACAGGGUAAACCUUGCAGGCUCACAUGUUUAAGCCUUUUCUUUAAUGGUGCCGGGAGCGGGGGGACUCCUAGCAUAAUCCAGUAUAACUUGUUAUACCUGGAGUUCAUAGCUGUCUGCUGUUUGAUGUAUCAUGAAAAAAGCUACUUUUGCUUUUCAUAAAUAUAGCAUUACUUUAGCAAUUUAGGGCAGGUUGAGACUAGGCUCCAAACCACAAAGAUGUAUGAAGAUCCUACUUUGAUUGAUUUGCUAUUGAUUUCCAGAAUUUUGCUUUCAAAAACAUUUUUACAGGGGCCUCAGGGACCACAAGGUAUUCAGGGAGAAAGAGGAACUCCAGGAGAAGGGCUUCCAGGACCAAAGGUACAAAAGAGUUUUGCUUUAAAAAUGCCAGGGCAUAUAAACGACCUUUAAAGUGUUUGUGCAAGCCCAUUUCCAAACUUGGAAUUAUCAAAACGUACAUAGAAAUGUGUUGCUUUUCAUUGUAACCCAGUCCUCAGAACCUGCACGCUGUAGCUGGAGACCUGUUCAGCAUCAGUAACAACUUUAGUACUUAGGCUGUGGACACACUCCCAUUUAUUCUGCAUUCAGUGCUCUCCCACCACAGUUUUGGGAAGCCAUGUGCACAUGACAUAAGCCACAGUAAGAAUCUAAGAUUGUACAGUGACAUAGGCCAUAAAAAGAGCUGUCCCACUCCAUUCAUUCAAGCUGCAUCAGCUCUGGGCUUAUAUUUCUUUUCUUUUCUUUUCUUUUUUCAACUGUUUUUAUCUAUUUUCAUGGUACAGAAGAUAAAUUUUGAGAAAACAAUUGUUACAACAAUCUGGACUUAUAUUUCUUAACCAAGUGGAGGGAGGAAGUUGGAUUAAAAGAUAGAGUCAAGCUCCCCACUCCCCAGAACGACCUGGGGCAUGCUCCAAGAAGAGGGUAAGAGGUAAACAAAGCUGUUAAGCAUUAUGGCAAGGCUGGGCAGUCUUCAGACUUGAAGGAUCUACUUUGUUUUUUACUACAACCUCAAGGUCCACCAAUCAGACCUGGGUGCAAAGUAGUGGUUUGGAGUGGAGGCUUUGAGGACAUAGAGUUAAGGAACAAGGUGCCUCGGAACACAUGUUCAACCCAGGAAUUUGUUUUCAGAGCUGAGUCUGGGCUCACAAUCUGGCCCUACCCAAAUCUAGUCCUGGUUUCCCCUUCAAGAUUUCUUCACCUCCACAGCCUAAUUUAGGCAGUGGGAAGAAGCUUUUUUUCCCUGUUGCUAUUGUUCAGACCAUAAUUCCUAUUGAUCUGUUACAAAUCACCCUGAGAUUCCCCAGUAGAUUAGGAGCUAUCUACCUUUUGCCCACCUGUGGGAAGCUUCCUUUGCAUGAGUGCUGUGGUUCCACAGGAAUGCUCACAUCCCUAAUGGUUUUACAGUGGUACCUCAGGUUACAGACACUUCAGGUUACAGACUCCACUAACCCAGAAAUAGUACCUCGGGUUAAGAACUUUGCUUCAGGAUGGGAACAGAAAUUGCAUGACUACAGCGUGGCAGCAGCAAUGGGAGGCCCCAUUAGCUAAAGUGGUACCUCAGGUUAAGAACAGUUUCAGGUUAAGAACGGACCUCCGGAAUGAAUUAAGUACUUAACCCUAGGUACCACUGUAUUAUCAUAUCUUAUAGCAUCUUUGGUAUGUUUUUAUUUUUGUCAACUAUUUAUGACCCAUUCUUCACCCCUAAGUCACCAGACAGGGUACACUUGCACAUUAAAACCACAAGUAAAGCAUAUAAAGCCAGAACCAACAAUUACUAUUUCAAAUCAAUAUGAUUAGGAAUGCAGCCAGUAGCAGGAAAAAAGAAAAAUUCAGCUCAUCUCUCUCUUUAUAUAUAAAGCUGAACAUGCCUGUAGAAAUCAAACCAUUCCUGGGAUGAUAUGAAGCAAUUGCUUCCCUGCGAACACACAGCAACACUUCACAACAGCUUAGUGAAGUAAAGAAUGCAUUAACAAACUGAAACUACAAAGGAGAUUUAAACAGGCAGAACAAAUGUAAUUCACCAAUCUGGCAUUUAGCCAGAACUCCACUGUUAAUAGAACUUAGUUCUUCAGAAAAGCAAGGAUGAAAUGUCAACAGAUAUAUGUAAGGCUUCUCAUACAUCUUUGUACAUUCAAGUGUUUUCUUAUCUAGGCAAAUUAUAAUGUUACAUUUCCCAUUUUUAAACAAAAAUCAAACCUGUCAAAAGGAAGAACCAAACAUUUGGCCUGUUUUCAAGAUUGACGGGUACUAUUUUAAAACAAGAAGUUUCAAAAAAUAUAUAAGAAAUAUUAGAAGGAAAGAUUGUUCCUUGUUGAUACUAAUCAACAGCCUGAUCCGGCUGGGGUAAUGUGGUUGAGGAAAAAGGGGGUUUCUCCACCCACGUCUCUGGCUACAUCAAGAACACAAUGUGCAAAGGAAUAGGAAGAUGGACUCCCCGGUGGUAGAUCUCUGUAUCCAGUGGCUUGUGUGGUAGAUAAGGCAUUGGGCUGAAUCCUUAGUCUGUUUCCAGGGGUGGGGUGAGUUGGUGCAUCACCCCUGUCCUUGAGCAGGUGCAAUAUCUCACGGUACCCUGGUAAAUGGAUCUGAGUGGAAGUUUAUGUCCUGAAGCCAUAUGGAGAGUGGACGGGCCUUAGAACUUCCAAUGGUGGCCUGGGGUCGGGGCAGCUCAGUUGACCUGCAUCUUGAAGUGGCAUGACCCUGUCCAAAACUCCAGCCAUCUUGUAGGAGGCUGAUACAGAAUACACAUCCAGCACCUUAAGCCGAAGCCUAUCUACAUUUGUAAUCUAUAAAGUUGUGGCUAAUUCUCAACUCCAAGAUGUUGUUGUCCCAAUUUAUUCCACCUGUUCACCGCCUCACCCUUCCGUCCCCAGGGAUACAUUGCACAUGGGUCUGCAACACACAAUGCUUAACAGAGAGUUGGUACUUUCAGUUUUAGCAGCACUAAUCACCUGUCUGAGACCUUUUAACUCUUCUCUCCUAUGGAGGGUGUCAAAGCGGGAGAAAAUUCAGGCUCCUCCCCCCCCCCAGGCAGGUGAUAGUGCUGUUGGCCAUCUGCCGUUGUAAAUUACUGGAAACCACCAUGGUUACACAAAAAAAUGAUGAGUCUAAGCACCUUAAAUAAAUAACAAUAUUUUCCACUGUAAGAGAGCAUAACAUUGCCAAAAAGUGUGCAAUAGGUGAAUCAUGAUCUUUACGUCAAUGAAUCAUGUACAUUAAGAAAGCCAUGUUUGUUAUAUGGCAAGCGCUGAAUUCUUCGCAUCAAUAUGGAGAAUUCAGGACCGGAACAUAAAUAUUUGAAAUGGAAAGAAGAUAAAUCAUUUUAUUCAUCUCUUUGUAAUGACUUUCAAAUUCAACAGUGAUCUCAUCAGGUGGGCGGGGAACUCUCUUUGAUGCACAAGAGAAAAUCAACUCCAAGCACUGCCUUUUGCAUUCUCAGUAUUUUUGAAUUAUAUCCUUACAUUGCCAGCAAUCAGUCCAUUUGUACUAAACAGAACUUUAAGGAUAAAGCACAGAUCACAUUUUCUAACCUCUAUGCAAUUUUGUCUUUCCAUACAGGGAGAUCGUGGCUUUGAUGGUCCAAAGGGACCCCGAGGCCAACCAGGCAUUGGCAUAAAGGGUGAAAAGGUGAGCAGUAAAUAUGCCAGGGGAUUUGCAAAGUCUAAAUGACCUGUGACUGAUACUAGUCACAAAGAGUGUAAUGAAGCAAAAUAAAGAAUUUGCUUUUUCAAUGGCGAUUGAACAAUACUGUAGUUUCUCAGAUAGAUUUAUGCCCAAUAAACUACCCAAAGCCCAUUUUAACAUCUCUUCAUAGUAAAGUGUGAGAUGAAAUAAGAAGGGUUUCAUUCUGUGGGAAAGUUAAGUUCUGGGGUACAAAAAGAAAAGAAGACUGUACACGUUCCUUACUGUGCCGGAGACAGCAUCUAUAAAAGGCUGGCAUUUAAUGUGUCCUAAGAAAAUAUAGCAUACAUUUGUCAACGUCUCUGUACUGAGACUAUGCCAAUGGCUUCGAAGGAGCUGGUCCAAAUUGUACCCAGUGAAUAUUUACAGCACAAUCCUAUAUGUGUCUAUUAUAUCUAAGUUUCAAUUAGUUCAGUGGGGCUUACUCCUGGGUAUCGGAUUGCAGCGUAAGUAACUUGCAUUUAUAUUUUGUAUUAAGUAACAAUGCUUUGUUUAUAAGGGUGAAAUUGGCCCGCCUGGUUUGCCUGGGCCUAUUGGAUUACCUGGUGUUGGACUUCAAGGAGAGAAGGUGAGUUUUGGUGGUUGCAGGUAUUUAAAAAUUGCUUAAGCCGUGCUUAGGGAACUCUUUCUCCAGGAUUCAUUUUCUGACAUCUUCUCUAGGGAGUAGAAGGCCCCAAAGGACCACCAGGGCCAAGAGGGCCACCUGGACAGGGAUUGCCCGGACCAAAGGUGAGCCAAGUCAGUGUUGGGUUUAAUUCUGUGAUUGGUCUGCAGGACAGCAGACUCUGAUUGGCUGGAGACUUUAGUCAGCUGGGAGCUGGCUGUGAUGAGCAAGAUAGUUGAAAUUUGACAACUGGAGAAGUUGAAGGAAAAAGUAGCUCUGAAAGAGUCUCCCCCUGUGUUUAAUUUAUCCUUCUAUCAUGUAUUAUUGAGUGUCACCAGUUUCUUUUCGCACCAGGUUCCAUAUGCUUUCUUUCAGUCACUCUGCUGACAACCAGAACUGCAACUGCUUGAUUUUUAAAUAACUAUGUGGGAUUUUGGCAGAAAUCCCCACCAAGCAAACUUCUUGCAUGUGGGCAGUGUAAUCAACAACAAAUGUGGUUGGGAGUGGAGUUUGGGUAUAACAAGAAACCACAGUAACUUGAAAACUGAAGUGAAAGCCUCUGAUUUCCCUCUUUCUCAGCCAUGCUGGGCUCAUGCACAUAAAACUAAACCAUAGCUUAGUGUGAUAUGGAAGCCCUGCCAAGGUGUUCAGGAUUUUAUUUUUACCAUUUCAAUUUUGCCAAGUAUAUAGUGGUUUAAAUGGUGCUGCUCUCUACUGAUGUACUCCCAUCGUCUCUCUCUGAAGACGGAAUAAGCCGAGCAGAUGUUUUUUUAUGUUGCUCAAGCAUUUCAUAUCAUUUUGUUUUGUUUAAGGGUGAUCAAGGUUUACCAGGAGAAACUGGAGCUCCGGGAGAAAGAGGUCUUGGAGAACCUGGAGCAAAGGUAAAGUAGCAUUCUAAAAGUUGUAUAUUAAAACUCUAUAAAACUGCAUUAUAAUAAGGCAUUUAAUUAUUUUUGCAUUGCUUAAGUAGCCCCGUGUAUUUAAAGUUCAAAGACUUAAUUCUAUUGUAUAUUUAGGAGAACUGAGUACCAGGGAUUACAGAAAGAGGAGAGAGAGGGAAAGGCUUUCAACAGCUACUGGUUCACAAUGGCUAUAUAUUGCCUCAAAUAUCAAAGGCAACGUAGAUCAUUUGCUGGGAAUCGCAAGUGAGGAGAAUGCUGCUGUGCUUGUGUCUUACUUGUCAGCUUCCAAGAGGCAUCUGGUUGGCCACUGAGAAAGCAAAAUGCUGGACUAGAUGGGCUUAGGUCUGAUCCAGUUGGGCUCUAUUUGUGUUCUUAACUUUCCAUUUCUCAUUGACAUUAGGGGGAACCAGGUUCUUCAGGACUAGCAGGUCUACCUGGCCUGCCAGGAGAAGAUGGAGCACCAGGCCAAAAGGUUUGCUUAUUUUAUUUGAGCAUGUCUGUUUCUAAAAUUAAAAGAAUUACUGUAAGUGCCAUUUGGCAAAUCUAGGCUGGUUUCAUCUAUAGCCAAGGGAUUGAUGUGAUGCGUUGUGUGGAGUGAUGUGAUGCGUUGGACACACUCACCUGAUAACACCUAGAGAAAGGGAUGGAAGGAUCUGCCAAUUUCAGUUCUCUCGGUUCCUCAUUUUCUUUCAAUUUUAAAUUCCCUUGUCCAGAUUCCUGCAGCAAUUUGAAAUUAUUAUUUUCAAAAAUCCUCAGCAUUUAAUGUGAAUUUCUCCUAGUAGACACAUUUUUAUGCAGUUUUGCAAAACACUCAAAUUUUUCCAAGCAAUUUUCUUCAUAUAAAUAAUUUUGGUAUGCUAGUUUCACUAACAUAUAUAUUCUCCUAAUAAUACGCAGAGUUGUUGUUGUUGUCCUGCUUUUGUUGCAUUGUGGUGCAAAAGUGCCCCUCCUGACAGCAAAAAUGCGGUAACACUGGGGAAGCAUCGAAGAACAACAGAUAAAAUGGAAUGAGAUUUGAAUGGCCCAGUAUAAAUUCACUGCUAAUUCUCUAUUAUUGCAUGAAUGACACAUUGCAGAAUAUACCUGCAAAAAACACACCAGUCUGGAGGGGACUUUAAUGAGUCCUUGGUGAAGGGGAGAAUUCGAAACAGGGACUUCUUGAUUCACAGAGCAAUAUUUUAGCCGCUGAAUUGCACCAAUAUAUACAAUGAUAUGCUACCACAUUAUCAUUUUUUCUUUUGCAGGGAGAACCAGGAUUACCUGGCCCCCGUGGUCCAGAAGGUGCUCCUGGAAUUGGAAUACAGGGUGAAAAGGCAAGAAUUUAUUUAUAAUUGCUCAUGCAAUUAUGUGUGCUUUUUAUUACCUUCUCUGAGAACGUUAAAGUAGCUUUUGUAUAAAGUAGCUUUUUCAACUUUUUCCUAGGGUGAUCAAGGUCAAAGAGGUAUACGUGGAUUAUCAGGACCAACUGGAGUGCCAGGACCUGCAGGGGCUAAAGUAUUAUUAUUAUUAUUAUUAUUAUUAUUAUUAUUAUUAUUAUUAUUAUUAUAUUAAUUUUAUUACCACGUCUGGUGUCAGAAGUUGGUGUGGUGGAGCAGUUGCCAAGGGAGGAAAGGCAACAGCCCCUCCAGAAGUCCCUUUUAUUAUGCAUUUGUAAUUAUUUGUGCUCAUGAAAUUACCUGGAUGGCAAUAGAUGAUGCCACUUUCAGUAUUGUUUGCUACUGCAAUUGUUUUGUGGUGCUUCCUUUUUUUAUCAGUACUUGUUCCAUAUUUUUCUUUUUUUAAAAAAAAUAAAAAUACUUUUUAUUGGGGGUUUUGUGUUACAAAGCAAACAGGUAAACAGGGAAUGGUACAUCUAUUGUCUCCACUUUCAAUUCACGGUCUUUCUCACAGUUCAUUUACGUUUGGUGAGAGACAUUUUUUUCAUAGACAUCUUGCAGUUAGGGGAGAGGGGAGAAAGAUGGGGAUAUUGGUCUUUCACUCUUUUGCCUAUUCUUAGUGUAGUGGGGGGGUGUCAGCAUCACAUGGGUAGGUUCUUUGUUUAUGUAUUCAUUUAUUUUUAUUGAUAUUGCGAGAGGUUAGGGGUUCCCGAGCUUGGUUGGUUCUGUUUAGUUGAUUGCGGUGUGGCUGAUUUUGUGAGGGAGGCGGGCUAGGUUGUUGGCUCAGGUGAGACAUAUUGAUUUUUAUGCUGUUGGAGGGGAUGGGUCAUUGUUCUGUUGUGCUGUGUAUGUAGUAAAGGUGAACCACACUGGGGUGAACGCAAAAAUGCAAAAAUGCCCCACAAGAGAGCAACAGCGGUGUGACUUGGGGGAGUGGUGCUGAACAGCUGAUUAAGUGGAUGUGUGGUGUGUGGAUGGUUCAGUAUAAAUCCGCCAUUAAUGCAGGAUUAUUGUACCAAUAAGAGAAGUUUCAGAAUAGACUCACAAAAAUAACCCACCUAUCUAGAAAGGCCCACAGUGAAAACAGAGCCCUCACUAAACUAAGGGCUCAUCCUGAAUUCAUUUUAUGUGGCAUUUCAAGGCAUAGGUCUGCUCUUUCAAGCUCUGUGCUUGACUGAUUCCACCCCCCCACCAGCCCUGGCGCUUCCCCUGGGAAAACUUGCUCUUUACCGCUGAAUUGAACUAAUGGCAAUCUGCGGAAAACCUGAUUUGUUGUUUGUUCUGAUUGGCGUUAAAGAGUGGGUUUUCCUGGGGAAAGUAACAGGAGGGAGGUGAGAGCUCUUGGAUACAGAACUUUAAAGCUCAGACCUGCGUCAAGAACAUGCAGGGCAAAAGAAGUAAGGGUGGAUGAGCCCUUAGGAGCAUAGCUGUCAACUUUUCCCUUUUCUUGCGAGGAAUCCUAUUCGGAAUAAGGGAAUUUCCCUUUUAAAAAGGGAAAAGUUGACAGCUAUGCUUAGGAGUGAGGCUUUGAAAAAAGCUUCACAUCUCAAUGAUCUUUUAUUAAUUUUGUUUUGUUCCUUUACAAAGUCAUUGCUGUUGUUGUUGUUGUUUUAUAAUGGUAGGGUGAACCCGGUACACCUGGGCGUCUUGGAAUGCCAGGUCUCCCUGGACGAGCCAUUAUGGGACCAAAGGUAAUGGCCUCAUUUCUGUUGCUUCGUAAUGUUCAGUCUGGACAUAGUAAUGGGCCUAGCGACGGUUGCAGUUACGACGGUCCUUGAAUCCGAGAUAUUACUGAGCACCAAGUAUGGCAAGAUUUCUACCUGAAAAGCACUGUCGGGUCAAAACCAUUGCAAAAUCUGAAUGUGGAUCAUCAUGCGUGAACAUGCACAUGUCUGUGUAUGCACUGAAAAAAAGCCAAUCAGAGCUGGCCAAAAGAAAGACCAUCUCCACAUCAUAGAAUUAAUGUCUGUUCACGAGCAUCACCUGUGCAUGAGUUGUAAUCCAUUUCAUAUGGGAAUUUUGUGACAUUUGUAGCAGCCCUUAAAUAAAGGCAGAUUCGUUUUUUUAAAGGGUAGUACAUAAUAUUCAAAAUUCACUUCUCUAGUUGCAUAUGUAUAUUUUUGGUUAUAUAUGUGGGUUUUUUUAAUUGAAGGGUGAUCUUGGAUUACCAGGACCUCCUGGCCCAGUUGGAGAACAGGGAAUAGGGAUUCCUGGGGCUAAGGUAAUAACCAAAUCGGUAUACUCAUUUAAAUUUUAAAAACAAAUUAAAAAAUAGAAAAUAAACAUCUAGCAACUAAUAACUGUUGGAAAAUGUGAACAUGUUCUUCUUUUUUUGCAAACAGGGCGAUCGUGGACAUCCAGGACCACCGGGACCAUUUGGACCAAAGGGAGAUGGGUACCCUGGCCCACCUGUAAGCAAAUGCAAUUUUGACAAACUACCUGUGGACAUUUUUCAAUAAUGUGUGCUGCCAUAUUGGGGAAUAUGGGACAUUUGUCAUUGCAAAGCAGUUAAUAGUUAACCAAUUUACUUUCUGAUUUCAGGGUCUUCCGGGUCUUCCAGGAGCUCCAGGAGAUCAAGGCCCUGAAGGGAUUGGGUUACCUGGACCAAAGGUAAAAUCUGGUAAUUUAAAGUAAAAUUAUAAAAUUAUUGUUUCCUGAUUAGCCUGUAAGGCUUCUUAACAGGAGUUUGGUUUAUUCUAUUAAAAAUGAUUGUAGUGUUUUUAUCUAAUACUGUUGGAAAAUGUAUAUUACAGUUCUUAGCUAAAUAUUACUGCCCUGAUAUAUAAACUUCACAUUUCCGUAUAUCUCUAUCUCUAUCUAUCAUCUAUCUAUCUACCUUUCCCUCUGUGGUGCCUCUUAAACCUUGAAUUUUUUAUUCUGCUUAAUUUGUUCUCCUUAAUGAUUCCUUCCCACAUUGAUUGCUUAGCAUGAUAGAAGUAAUAAUAAGGAUGAAAAAGUAAAACUGGACAUUGGGAAAAUUUAUAAUAUAUAUAUAUAUUUAGGGUGAUCCCGGUAUCAGAGGACCAGCUGGUCUCCCAGGCCCAGCAGGAGAAGGCCUACCAGGGCCUAAAGUAAGUUAUAAUUACUUCUCAAAUUGAAAUGUAUCUUUUCAGGAAUAAUUAUUACUGUCUCCUUUCCCUAUAUCUCUGCAGCUGUGAUAAUCUUUGCAUUAAUUUAGGAAUAAAUAAUAAUAAAUAACAGGCAUUGACAGAGACAAAAAGUUAAUCCAAAGUCCUAAUUAAAUUAAUUUGCUGAUUUAAAUCAUCAUCAUUAUCAUCAUCACAGGUCAAAGUCAAUAGUUCACAAACCACAUCAUCCAUUGACCAUUUAGAGUAACUUGGGAUAUGUGAUGUAUGGAUUGUCAUUUAAGACAACGAUAAAACAUAUUUAUUUGGAAAUAAGUACCACUAAAAUCAAGUGACAUCACUUUGCAGAGACAUCAUCUUGCCAACAAAGGUCCGUAUAGUUACAGCUAUGGUUUUCCCAGUAGUGAUGUAUGGAAGUGAGAGCUGGACCAUAAAGAAGGCUGAUCGCCGAAGAAUUGAUGCUUUUGAAUUAUGGUGUUGGAGGAGACUCUUGAGAGUCCCAUGGACUGCAGGAAGAUCAAACCUAUCCGUUCUGAAGGAAAUCAGCCCUGAGUGCUCACUGGAAGGACAGAUCCUGAAGCUGAGGCUCCAGUACUUUGGCCACCUCAUGAGAAGAGAAGACUCCCUGGAAAAGACCCUGAUGUUGGGAAAGAUGGAGGACACAAGGGGAAGGGACGACAGAGGACGAGAUGGUUGGACAGUGUUCUCGAAGCUACCAGCAUGAGUUUGACCAAACUGCGGGAGGCAGUGGAAGACAGGAAUGUCCAUGGGGUCACGAAGAGUCGGACACGACUAAACGACUAAACAACAACAAAAUCAAGUGAUGCUUCUUAGCAGAUAUGUGGUUAGGACUGAGCUGUAACAUACAUUGGCUGCCAGCCAUGGACUCUCAAGAACCCACUUGUAUCUCAUAAACAUAUUAAGUAGAAGUGACAUGAAAUGUGGCAAUGAUUAUCACAUUUUGCAGGCAUAUAAGGAUGCUAUGCUGUUUCUCUAUUCAGGGCAAUGUUGGACGACAAGGACCACCUGGAGCCUUGGGACCUCCAGGUGAAGGUAUCCAAGGACCAAAGGUAUUAACAUUUCUUGCAUUCAGUUUUACAUGCAAUUUGGGUUGGGCUCAGUUUUUGGCAAUUUAGAGAUGUUAAAAACUUUGUUACGGGUUGAUAUAGAUUGGAAAGACAAACCAGACCAAAAGCAUUUGCCAAGAAGGUUGUCAUUAAUCAAGUCUGAAAAUCAGAGGUUUGAAGACAAUCAGAUACCAUCAUACUGUAGUUCCAACCACAAGUGAUGGUGGCAUCAUUCCCAUCACCCACUGGGCAGCCUUUGGUUUUCAGGGGGAGUAUGAUUGCAAAGCUGAAACUAAAAGGAAUUUGUGGAAGGGGACCACCAGCAGUGGAGCUUGUGGCUUACUUUGACCCAAUUUGGCGCAGCUCAGAUACAGAAAAUGUUUGAAAGAUUGAUAUCUCUUUCUCUGUUCUGUGGGACUGGGGUGCAUGGUGGUAGAGCGAUUUGUCUGGUUAAUUCUGAUAAUGAAUGAGAAGACUCUAUCAUGCCAAAUACCGGUAGUUAUGCAGACCCCUGAGCGGUCAGCAUCCAGAAUCUUACACAGACAAGUGACAUUCAGCUUCCUGAGAUUUAGGGGUGAGGAACCUGUAAUUUAAUGGUGAGGAACCUGUGGACCUUCAUCAUCUCUGAUCUUUGGUCAUGGAAGAUGGAGCUGAUGGGUCCUGGGUAUCCAACAACAUAUUGAAGGCCACAAGGUGCUGUAGCCCUUUGCCACUACCUACUCCAUUGGUUUUCGGCUGGUGGGUUGCUGCUGACUACUAAGUCAUGAUCCAAAGUGGGUCACAACAUCUGCACAAAAGCAUACAUAGUGAUGAAAAUAUUAAUAUGUGGCACCAAGGAGAACAUAUGCAGAAUUCAGUCUGCGUGAAGUGCUACAUUUGCUGGAAUGUCUAUCAGUGUAAGCUUAGUUAUGAACAGACAGCUCAAAUAAAAAACCUUUCCCUUAUUUAUUUAUUUUUUACUUUUAAUCAAAUUUGUGUAACCAAUGAAGGUUGAUUUAGGGUAGACAAUAAAUGUCAAUGAUUCUGCCUUGCCUUCAGGGUGAGCAAGGAAUUCAAGGAAUGCCAGGACCCCGUGGGGCUCCUGGAGAAGGGCUUCUUGGACCCAAGGUAUGGUAUCAAAAUCUAAAAACAGGUUUCUACCUGUUACCCAGUUUAGCUGUUUGAAGUUACUUGUAAUCUAUUUAAAACAAAAAAAGCAGUGGAAUUAAUGUUAUGGGCAUUUUGAAAUAUAUAGUAUGGGAAGAUUAGACAAUUUUAAAUUAAGGGGAUUAAAUAUACUCAUUAAUGGCUAUGGGUCAUGAUGAUUAUUUACUACCUCUAAGGUAAAAGGGUAAAGGACCCCUGGAUGGUUAAGUCCAGUCAAAGGCAACUAUGGGGUUGUGGCGCCCAUCUUGCUUCAGGCUGAGGGAGCUGGCGUUUGUCCACAGACAGCUUUCUAGGUCAUAUGGCCAGCAUGAAUAAACUGCUUCUGGCGCAACGAAACACCGUGAUGGAAGCCAGAGUGCAUGGAAACACUGUUUACCUUCCUGCUGCAGCGGUAUCUAAUUAUCUACUUGCACUGGUGUGCUUUCGAACUGCUAAGUUGGCAGAAGCAGGGACAGAGCAACGGGAGCUCACCCCAACCUUCCGAUCAACAAGCCCAAGAGGCUCAGUGGUUUAGACCACAGCGCCACCCGCUCUAAUAUCAGGGGCAGUAUGUCUCUGAACCCCUGUUGCUGGUGAUCACAAGCAAAAGAGAUCUAUGCUCCCUACCAUCUGCUGCCUUUUAGCCUGCUUGAUGGGUUCCACCUAUUGAUUCACUCAAAAGGAGUUUCUUCAUACCUUGACCACUUAGAAUGGUUGUGAUUAUUCCAGAAAAUCACAUCAGUUACACGGCCACUGACUACAAUAUCAUGCUCUAAGUGCCAGAGUUCUCAUCCUUCUACACCCCAGUCUGCUGAGGGUGGAGUGGGGAGUUGGUUCGGUGGAUCGGCCAGUUUGGGGGCUUUAAUUAUGUCUUGAUGUGCUAAGUGGUCAAGAAAUUAGGAUGGAUCAAGCCUGUCAAGUCAUGCAUUGUUUUUUUUUUAAUGUAUGCAUUUGGAAUUCAUAUGGUAGAGUCCAUUUCUGCUGCAAAAUGUAGGGAACUUCCACAUAAUACUAUCUGGUCUUUCCCAUCAGUGCAUGUUGUUUCAAACAGAGGUGGUUAAUGUGAUGCCUUACGAAUGUUGUGUAAUUAAUUCCAAGGGUGAUCGUGGAGCUGCUGGAGAAAGAGGAAGAAAAGGAGAGAAGGGAAACAUGGGUGACCCUGGUUCAGCUGGAGAACCUGUAUGUAAUAAUAUGCAUAAGAAAUCAUUAAUGCUUUUUCACUUAAAAAAUCAUCUAACUACAAAUGACACACAUUUGAACCCCAUGGGAGUGGGAGGAGUGGCAUGAAGGGGAACAAUUUAGAGCAGGGAAAGCAUUAAAUACUCCUUUCUCCCAGGAGACUUCUCCUCUCCAAAUUCCUUUCCCCACACAAGUAUUUGUUGUUGAUUGUUUUCUUUUUUAAAAACAACAACAACCCUCCUUAUGCUGUUUGUUAGUUAUAAAUUAAAAACAUUUAAAUACUGCUCUUAAUUUUAAAAAUCUCAGAAUGGUUCAUAAUCAUGCUGUAACUUACUUAACACAGCAAAAUAAAAUACAUAAAACAUUUUCAACCUUAAAACAGUAGCAAGGAAAUCAUCCCACAGAUUGUUCUAAGAGAUUGGUGAUUGGGAGUGGCUGCUGGGACCAUAUAACACCAGUCCUAAAGGAUCUUCACUGGCUCCUAGUACGUUUCCGAGCGCAAUUCAAAGUGUUGGUGCUGACCUUUAAAGCCCUAAAUGGCCUUGGUCCUGUGUACCUGAAGAAGCGUCUCCACUCCCAUCGUUCUGCCUGAGGUCCUCCUCCAAGGGUAUUCUGCUGGUUCCCUCACUGUGAGAAGCUAGGUUACAGGGAACUAGUCAGAGGGCCUUCUUGGUAGUGGCACCCUCCCUGGGGAAUGCCCUCCCUUCAGAUGUCAAGGAAUUACACAACUUUCAGAAGACAUCUGAAGGCAGCCCUGUAUCGGGAGGUUUUUAACGCUUUAUGUUUUAUGUUUUUAGAUAUGAUGUCAGCAGCCCAGAGUGGCUGGGGAAACCUAGCCAGAUGGGUGGGGCAUAAAUAAUAAAAUGUUAUUGUUAUUUAAUGAAUGGUUGUCUUUUUAGGGCAGAACCGGAGCAAAGGGCGAGCAAGGUCUAACAGUAAGCAAUUAAUAUUUUGGAAAGAAAAUUCAUUUAUGCAAUAUUAUCUCAAUCUCUGUAUGUGUCACUGAGCAGCUGUAAAAGAUUUUUUUAAUGCUUUAUUUGAAGAAGGCAUAUAUAGAGAAAGCUCACUGAAUACCAAAAUAUGUUGUUCAGAGUAUUUCUUUAUAAUUUCCUGGCUAAUGGGAAAAGGAGGAUAAAAGAGGCCAAAUGAAAUAAAAAUGACAUUGUAGACAUCACAUAUUUUUUUAAAAGUAGGUCAGAAACCAUGGUAGCCAUACAACACUAGAAGAAGAAGUCACAAAAAUAAAGGAGUGUUUUUGCAGGAAGCCGACCAACUAUUAAAUGUGUAUUUUUCAAAGUGGUGCUGUAGAGGGAACUGACCUGGGCUGAAGGAGGUGCAGAUCUCAGUUCCAGGUGUGCUGAUGUUGUUGUUUCUGGAGCUCCAUCCAGAGAGUAGAUGGAUCUUCACUUUCAGAUUUAAAUAUACUUCUUGCUUGGGCUGCUCUGUCUUCAAUACCCACGGCUGGAUGUCUGGUCCUCCUGCUGAAAAACUGCACUGGUGGACUUUCACCUGCUCAUCCACCUUGGCUCACCUUUGUGCUAAGUCAGUGGAGAUGCUGUGCUUACUGAGAUGGGGAUGAGGUGAGGUAAAGUGAUAGCAAAUGCAGUGGCAACCCCACAAAUGCACACACACCUGAAGCUCCCUUGAAUUCACCCCCAUCUCUGUCCUUGCAAGCAACAACACUGCCACCAGGAGUGCUCCGCUGCACUCCGCACACACAAACACACACAUACCAACACUGCUGUGCUAAGUGGGACACCAAAGACAUCCUAUCUUACAUCCUUGGGCAACUCAGGCAAAAUGAUUUGAUGCAUACAAAAGCCAAUACAGAAUUGGCUACGGUAAAAUAAUCUUUGGUGAAAUGCAGGUGGUGGAAAAGUUGCCUUACUAAAAUGUCUCCAUUAGGAUAAAUAAAUUCUAUAUUUUAAAAAAUGUGCUGCAGCAUCUGAUUGGGAUUAUAAUAUUCCCCUGCACACACAAAAGGCAGCCUAUGAACUUCCAGGGGUAUUCGCAUCUACAGUGGUGCCUCGCAAGACGAAAUUAAUCCGAUCCGCGAGUCUCUUCGUCUUGCGGUUUUUUCGUCUUGCGAAGCACGGCUAUUAGUGGCUUAGCGGCUAUUAGCGGCUUAGCAGCUAUUAAUGGCUUAGCGGCUAUUAGCAGCUUAGCGGCUAUUAGCGGCUUAGCGGCUAUUAACGGCUUAGCGGCUUUAAGAAAAAGGAAACAAACUCACGAGAACUCGCAAGACGUUUCGUCUUGCGAAGCAAGCCCAUAGGGAAAUUUGUCUUGCGGAACGACUCAAAAAACGGAAAACUCUUUCGUCUUGCGCGUUUUUCGUCUUGCGAGGCAUUCGUCUUGCGAGGUACCACUGUACUCUUAAAGCUCCUUAAGCCAUGAUGCAUUGCAGCAUUUAAGCAUUGACUGAAUGGUCCAGUACUUAAGUGCUUAAGCUUCAUUGCAUGAACAAUAUUGGCAACAACUCUGAUGAUGAAAAAUGCCUGAAAUCUGAGGCAUGCUAGCAGAGGCCGUGCUAUAAAUUGCUGGGAAUAAAGCAGACGUCAGAUAAUGUAUACGUGAACUCUUUGUCUUUUCUAACCUAGAGAGAAGAUAUAAUUAAAUUGAUUAAAGAGAUAUGUGGUAAGUUUUCAACAAGCCUUCUCAUUCCAAUCCUAUGCCUGUUUGUUCUGAUCAUUUCCUCCUCCCAGAAAAUGAUUAUCGAAACAUCUGCAACUCCAAGGGGAAAUGAAAAGGUCGCCCAAUCAUUUGAUAUGUCAAUUUAAUAUUUUAAAAAAUCACAUUUAAAUAGUUUAUCACCCAAAAAGAGCCGUGAGAAUUAGAACACUAACAGAUGUCUGCCUUUGGCAGGCACUUUUAAAUUUAGCCUACAUAGCUAAGUCAAAAGGAAAAAGUGUUCUGUCAGUCCCCAAAUAUUAGCAGUGCUCGGUCCACAGCCUGAUUGUGGCUAAUCUUAGAUUCUGACCUAAUGGGGAGUGGCCAGAUUCUGACCUAUCAGGGAAUUUGUCACUGUGGGAAGGUUCUUGUAGAAUCAUAGAAUCAUAGAGUUGGAAGAGACCACAAGGGCCAUUGAGUCCAACCAACUGCCAAGCAGGAAACACCAUCAGAGCACUCCUGACAUAUGGUUGUCAAGCCUCUGCUUAAAGACCUCCAAAGAAGGAGACUCCACCACACUCCUUGGCAGCAAAUUCCACUGUCGAACAGCUCUUACUGUCAGGAAGUUCUUCCUGUGAUUCCAUCUAUCAUUGUGAGCACUGUGAAUCUCACAUUAGCAAUAGAUAAUUUGAAAGUCUCGGUCAUACUAAGGUCUCCAUUAAAGCCAUCAAGUAAUUUAAAUGGGUUCUGUUUCAUCUGCAAUCUUACUUCUAUCCUAAGAAGAGUGUAGCUGUUAAUUCGAUUCAUAGCAGGCUGCAAUUGUUUGCCCUUUUUAAAUUAAAAAAUGCACUUAUCCUCAUAUACAUCACACAUCGGGAAUAUAGUAUAUAAUUAAAGCAAGCCAUAUGGUCUAUCUGAAUGUAUUUGGUUUGUUUUUCUUUUUUGCAGGCUGCGGUAUCAAAUGCAAGGAGAUACCUAUGGAGCUUGUGUUUGUGAUUGACAGCUCCGAAAGUGUGGGCCCAGAGAAUUUUGAAAUAAUCAAAGAUUUUGUCACUGCUUUGGUAGACAGAGUAACUGUAGGGAGAAAUGCCACCAGAAUUGGCCUUGUCCUCUACAGCCUGGAGGUUCGGCUUGAAUUUGGACUUAAUAGGUACACAACUCAACAGGAUGUGAAACAAGCAAUCAGGAAGAUGUUAUAUAUGGGAGAAGGCACUUACACAGGCACAGCCAUCCGUAAAGCAACACAGGAAGGAUUUUUUGGGGCUCGAACUGGCGUGAGGAAAGUUGCCAUAGUCCUCACAGAUGGCCAAGCGGAUAAGAGAGAAGCCGUCAAGUUGGAUAUUGCUGUCCGAGAGGCUCAUGCAGCUAACAUCGAAAUGUAUGCCAUUGGAAUUGUGAACACUUCAGACCCAACACAAGUUGAAUUCUUGCGGGAGCUGAAUCUCAUUGCAUCAGACCCUGACAGAGAACAUAUGUACCUCAUUGACGACUUUAAUACUCUUCCAGGUAAUCAUGGCUCUUAAAAGAAUUACUGGUCCCCACAGAUCUUCUUCAAGCUUUUGGGUGCCUCCAGUCAAAAUUACCCUCUAUAUCCCUCACUAAAGGUCUUGGAACAACAUAGUGGAUGUAGAGCAUGCCAUGUAGGAAUGUUAUGUUCAUCCAUAGAUUUUAUAUCCCAAAGCUAACUUUUCUCAGGCCAAGGGCUGCAUUGACCCACAUUCAAUGCUCUGAGGUAUGCAUGUCAAAGUGGCCAUGGAUGAAGUGUAAAAGCAUGCAUAGUUGAAGAGUAAUAUAUGGUUUUUUUUAAAAAAAAACACCACACCACAUUAAUAAGGAAACAGAACAGAAAAGACUUAAGAAUGAAUAUAGACAACACUGACAUGGACCAGAAAUAGAAUGGAUCAUCCAGUCCUUCUUUUGUCCCUUUGUGACCCAGGACACAAGCAAACAGGAAUGAGAAGCUGAGAUUCUGAAAGGGAGAACUCUGCUAAGACCUCUAUUGUUCUCCACUCAGGGCAAGGGGGUAGGAAUUAAAGCAAGACUUUCUUAUGCAUUUUCCUAAAAUUACACAAAUAAGAAUUUCAUAUUGUGGACCUAUCUUAAUAGUUUGCUGCACCAGUUAAUAAAUGCUUAGGGCAAAAUAUACCAACUUUUGUGCAAGCACAAAAACAUAAAAUAUGAUGUGCAAAUUCUUGCUUUGCAGAGGGGUGGCUGCCAUGCUGUUUUUAUUGUGAUUAUUCGUAUGCAGUGGCAAAGCUGCAUGCUCCGGCACUGGGGGCGGAGAGCAGGUGGGGGCGUGGCUGGCGCGUGCCCUGGGGGUGUGGCACAUCACCUAUGUGGCAUGCGUCUCGGGGGUGUAGUGUGCCGCCGCAGGGGUGUGACGUGCAUCCUGGGGGGCGUGGCGCCCAGCACGGUGGUGGAUUGUGCGACACAUAUCGGGGGCGGCCGCAAUGGUACGACCCCCUCCUCAAUGGUGCUGGGGGCGGUGCAUUCUCCCCGCCCCCCGCCCCGUUCCUCCCCCAGUGUUUGUAUGGUUUUUAUGGGGGGGGUGUUUUGUUUUUUCUGUUUUUAAUGGCUAUUAUUAUCUGUAACUGCCUUGAGUCCCAUCAGAGGAAAAGGCUUACACUCAGAGCACACUCACUGAAAUUUAUGGGCUUUAUUAACCGAAUUCCCCAAAUUUCAAGGGGUUUGCUGAGUAAAACUUAGCUGGACACAACCCAUUUACUUUGACAUAAACAGCUAUGCUUUGGGGCUUGCCAUAUGUGAAGAAAAAAAUGUUCCAACAGCUAUCCCAAGACUUAAGAAACAAUUACUUUUUUUAAAAAAAAAGUUUCAACAUAGUGAAAAUUGCAUGAGUAAUAUUAUUUCUUGAACAAAAUGCAUUUUUUUCAACAUUUGGGAUUUUUAAAUGGGUUUUUAUUUUCUUUUGUUUCAAGCUUUGGAGUCCAAACUUGUUAACCAGUUUUGUGAAGAUGAACAUGGGGCCUUAAUAUAUAAUCGGAUUGGAGCUGGAGGAAGCAUAAAUGGACCAUCUAUCCACUCAGUAUCUUCUCGUUCUUCACAAUACAUAUUGCACACAAACAGUAAUAAUGGACAGUCAGUUUUAUCAAAUGAAUUUGAAACAACAGUGAAAGAGGAUUCUAUAAAUCUUGGCCAGCCUUCUCAACCAUUAAUCCCGGUACUCAUUGGCUACUGGAUAUUUUCUGGAUUCUCUCUUUUUACUUGUAGUGAUUAUUAUUACUUAUUAAAUUUGUAUAUCACCCUUCAUCUGAAUCCCAGGACAUUUCGCAGCUGAAAAAUACAAAAUGAUAAGGUUUUCUUUAAAAAUUAGUUGUAAAGAACUGACUUUGCAGCUCAGUAUUUUGAACCUGAAUACUUAUUUUCAAUAAGUAGCUUAGUUAGCCAUUAAGUUAUUUCAAUGAAGGAUCUAAUUCCAGUGCUUUUAAUUUAAAGGUAAUUUUAUCUAAAGCCUGCAAUCACCUGGUUGAUGCUUCAUGUUUCUGUAAAUCAGGCAAACACUAUUUGAAAGCUCUGGAACCUACAUUUUAGUCUUGAACUUGAAGCAUAUAUGACUUUCAUGUACAAAGAACCAACACGAGUGGUUCUUUGUGGACAGAAGUAAAAUGAAGCAGGUCUCUAUUCGGCUUCUCUGUAUCACAGAGCAAAUAUUUAUUUGUUUGUUUAUCUAUCUGUCUAUCUAUCUAAGCUGCUGUUCCCUAUAAAGUGACAUGGUGGGUUACAACAAUGUAAAAAUACAAUAUUAAAAUCAGUUAAAACAAUUUACGAUCAGAAGAAUAGGUGGAGUUCUAAAAAUAUAUAUAUCAGAUAUCAAAAGACGAGAGGUGCAUCUUCAGCAUAUGACAAAACUGAACAAUGCAAGAGACAGAUGCAGCUUUGUGGGGAGGGAAUUCUUUAGCUUAGGGCACAGAGAAUGUCCUCUCUGGGGCCACCACUCCCUGAAUUUUUGAGGGCGGUGGAACUACCAAGAGGUUUCUCAGCCAAGAGGGUCUGUAGGGAAGAAGUUGGCCUUUCAGAUAUUUGGGGCCUAAGUUAUUGAGGGCAGUAAAUGUAAGUUCACUGGUGAUAAGGCCCCCGCUAAAUUUUAAAAUUAACAAAACUGAAUUUGUUUCAGACCAAAGAAUUGCACAGGUCAUCUCCUAAGAACUACAAUGUGGAACCUGAUGAUCUCACAUCUUUGUCUCCUGUUAAAGGUAAUUCUUUCUGCAAUCUAGUUCUUAACAGGAUAUGUCUCAUAGGCAAAACAAAAACAAACAAACAAACCUCACCACCCUUUCCUUAAAUUCCUAGAGUGGUAGCCAUGUUAGUCUGCUGCAGCAAAAAUAACAAACAAUAUUGUGCCGCUGCAGGUAUUGUUAUGGCAUAAACCUUCAGGGAUUAAAAUCUACUUCAUCAGCUACAUGUCAUCCCAUCUCUUGAAUGGUUUUUUCUCUCUGUGUGUAUAACAUUAUAUUCUGCAGCAGUUACGUCAGCACUGCCAUCAUUGCCAUCAUCACCAUCGUCAUCACCGCCGUUGGCAUCGCUAACAGCAGAGAAAACGCUCCCACCUUCUCAUUCAUCAGCUUCCUCCAUGCCACCUACACCCAAACCAGGUCGUUACAUGUAUCAAAGUUUUAACGCUCUUCCAUUUCUCCCUAUAUAUAAUGUAAUGAUAUCGUUGUGCAACCCUCAUCGGAGGAUUUUGCAGUGCCUCCUUGCAAUCCGGGAUUUGCAUGAAGCGGCAGUGGGUGUGGAAAAUGAAGGCAGAUGUUUGAGUAAAGCAAGGGGUGAGGGAACUGCAAGGAAAAUUGGGUUAUGGCUCUCCCCGCUUACGCGCAUUCGACUUAUGCGCAACUGUGCAUAUGCGCGACACCUGAAAGUAAAUAACCCGUUUAUACUGUAAAAGGGCAUGAAGGGGGCAAAAAGAGAGGGAAAACAGCAAAAAUUGUGCGAAAAAGGGGGAAAUGGCCAUCCCAUGCGCCUUUGUAACUGCAAUCCCAUGAGUCUUUGCACAGAUCUUUGAAGCCUGUGGAGAGUUGGGGUUUGGAGAGAGGCUUGGAGGGAGCAAUUGUGGAGUUCAGUGGAUUUUUGUGGAUUUCCAGAGGUUUAGAGGGUGAUUACAGGAUUUUUUAAUGUGAUUUCACAUAUACACGUGGUACCCAGGAACGCCACCUUCACAUAAGUGGGGGAGACGCCUGUCUUGUGGAAUAUUUGAGGGCUCCACAUCUUUUAUCUCUAUCACAUGAGGCAGCUGAGAAAAUGAGCAGGAACAGGUUUGAAUAUAGGAAGGGAUUGACACAGAAAAGGGGUAGGUGGGUGUGUUUAAAUAAGGGUAGAGAAAAAUUGAGAGGAAAAGUUUUAAACAAUAGUAGAGAUGUGAGUAAAGCAAGAUUGGAGAAAUACUGGAGAGAAGAAGAAACUCUAUCCAUUUAUCCAUCCAUCAUGUUGGGGGGGGGUAGUGUAUAUUGGCACUACCUUCAUAAAUUUAACUUCUAACAUGGUAAACGUUUGAUUAAAUUUGAACUUUAUUGCCACAAUUACUUUUGUAAAGCACUAUAAUGAGAAUAAUUAUAUUUUUUUGUUUUUGUUUUAAAGAAAAUCUCUUGAGCCCUCCACAAUGUAAAUUAAGAUUAGAUCAAGGACCAUGCCGUGUGUAUAUUAUAAAAUGGUAUUAUGAUAAGCAAGCCAAUUCUUGUGCUCAGUUUUGGUACGGUGGCUGCGAUGGAAAUGCUAACCGCUUUGAUAUCGAGGAAGACUGUAAAAAGACCUGCGUAUUUUCCUCUUGA